AUUCUCACUAGAGCUCUUGCAAGGAAGAUGGCUAACGAAGCUAAUUUAGAGAAGGUCAUUUUAGAAAAUCGUGUUGAAAAUAUGGAAAAUACUUUGAAGGAAUUGAUGGCUUCCUUCCAAUCUCUUCAAGCAACCUUAGUCACAAGGGCACCUUUGACAACAAAUCCCUUGUUUGAAGGAAAUGUUUCUGUGGCAAAUCUCCCUAUCGCCAUAUCUACUCUUGGAAAGGAGCAAAUGUCAUCUUGCCCACCAAAUCCAACUAUUGGUGGAACUUCUGGGACAAAGCCAUUUGUUCUAAAUGCUGAGGAUGAAGACAAGGCAAUUAAAGUGAAGGUGCAGUUGAUGGAGGAAACACUAAAAUCGAUGCAAGGUGUCCAAACCAAUAAACCGGUUGACAUCUCAUCUUUGUGCUUUUUCCCAAACAUUCAAUUGCCCCAUAAGUUUAAAUUGCCUGAGUUUGAUAAGUACAGUGGCACUGGUUGUCCUUAUGCCCACUUGACGAUGUAUUGUCCUGCAGAUGCUUGGUUCUCAACUUUAGACAAGAGUAAAAUUAAGAGUUGGCAUGAUUUGACUCACAACUUUAUGAAGCAAUAUGAAUACAAUACAUCAUUAGCUCAUAAUAGAGAGGAUCUUCAAAAGAUAAAAAAGAAAUCAAGUGAGAGCUUUAAGGAAUUUGCACAGAGAUGGCGUCGAUUGGCUGCUCGAGUUCAACCUCCACUAACUGACCAUGAAUUGAGUAAUUUAUUCAUCAAGUCAACCAAAGGGCCUUAUCGUGAGAAGUUAAUAACUUGUGUGAAUUACACUUUUGCUCAGUUGGUUGUUGUGGGAGAACAAGUGGAGGAUGGAAUCAAGUCUAGAAUUAUCAUGGAUUAUCAAGCAAUGAAGAGUCUCCUUAAACAAUACCAAAAUGAUAGUUCAGGGGUUUCUAGUUCAAAGAAAGUGGGCCAAAAUCAAAAGAAAGAGAAUGAGAAUAGCACUAUAACUAGGCUUGUUACCCCUGUACCUAUGGUGCCAUUAAAUCCACCAUUUCCAAUAGGGUAUAACCCACAAGCAAGAUGUGAAUACCAUAGUAGAGAACCUGAGGUUGUUGGUCUAAAUGUCACUAAAAACCCUUUAUCCACACAUGAUGGUCCAACAGUUAAUAUGAUCGAGAAAGACUUCGAUAAAGGUCAUGAGGUGACUACAUCAACAAAUAAUGAUGGUUUGAGCACUUCUUUUGAGAAGUUGAGCAUAUGUGUCAUUGAUGAAGCAAAGGGUGAUGACAAGCUUAUUCUGCCUACUCAUGGUGAAGCUUUAGACAACAAGACAGUAGAGAUUCUUUCUGUUCCUAUCAUUAAAUCGUAAGAUGUGUCAAUCUUCUUGUGGUUGAGCUUGUGACCAUGAGAAGAGAUGGUUAAAACAAGCCUUUUAUAUUUUAUGAAGCAUUGUAGGCAUGACAAAUAAUGUUCCAUUCAGUUCAUUUCAAUCAAUGAUGUUACUUUCA